AUGCUGGCGAUGAUUCAUUUUGCGCCUUGGUAUCGAAAUCCCAUGAAAUUGCAACUUGCUUAUGAUCUUAAGGGAACUGUUGAGCAAGAAAAUUUACUGGAAAUUCCAGUUGAAUGGACUUCGGAGGAUGUUGUUAUGGCCCAGUACUUGAAUAGAGGCUUCGGGAACGCUUAUGAUUUUAGCCAGGGAGAAAACUCUCAGAAUUAA